UCAGCAGGCCCGUCGGAGUACAAGGCGCCUUCUGGCCCAGAUGCCGAAGGGCUGCCGAUGAUUCAAUGGUGAAAGUAAAAAAUAUCUAAAAUCCCACCCUCCCCGGAGUCUGGUCUCGUCUUGCCUACAGCAUCAAGAACAGCAUUCAUAACAACAAGAGCCCUCGAGUUUGACCACCUGCGGAUACUCCGCACAACACAAUCAACAUGACGCAGCUCGUGUUGUCGACUGGCAAUGUCAUGUCAACCGGCCCCUCGAUCAUUCGUAAACCUGGCGCAGCGACGCGGUCCAAUCUCGAGCUCGUCAACUCCCUCCGCGACGCCUUCAUAGCUGCCCAGCAGGACUACGCCCUCCAAGCGAACGGCGCCGCGAACCAUAUCUCUGCUCUGGAUAUCUGGACCGAGCGCACAAAGAAUGGCGAGCUGUACAUUCCCAAGAUAAACUGGUCCGGCGCCGGUCUACGGGACGAUGCGAGUCAGUACGAAAUCACAGUCAAGCUGUUCCUUCUGCCGGAUACCCCCGUCCAGGAGAGGGAGGCGUACGUCACGCGAGCUCUGGACCUGGUGCGCCGGGAACUGAAGAUUGAGAAAAUCCACCUCCUCGUGGUGUCCUUCCCAGGCAUGUCCUUCGAGGGCGACUGCGAGUGGGAGGCAGACAAGCUCAACGCGCAACAAGGCAGCCUAGACGAAGAAAUAGCGACGUGGGCCAUCUUUGAGAAGCUGCAUACAUCAGGCCUAGUGGAGAGACUCGGCGUAUCUGAAUUCGGAAGCGAGAAGCUGGACGCAUUCAUUAGACGAACGGCCGUGCCGCCUGCGGUGGACCAGAUCAACCUCAAGAAUUGCUGCAAGGUGCCGCCACCCCUCAAGCAACUGGCCGAGAAGCACGGCGUGGAGCUCAACGUACAUACGGACUGUACGGAUAUUCUGCCCAAUGGCACACUCCGAGAGCUAUUGGGACCUUCGCCCGCAGGGGCAGGUGUUCUGGCCGAUACAAAGGCCGGGGCGGAUGGUCUGAAAGGGGAAGUGAGACCACAGUGGGUAGCGCGAUACAUGGCCUUUGUGAAGGAUAGAGGUGUCAUUGAGAACAAGGGGUAUUUUGCCGGGGCGGAAUUGGACGAGACUUUAUGAUACCACGGUCGAAGAGAAAGCACCUUAAAAGCACUGGCACGGGA